GAAAAGCCUGUUUCACUUUACUCCUCUCCUCCACCGCCCUUCACUUCACUUUAUUUUGUCCAGUCAAAAAUAAAAAUAAAAACAAAGUAAUAAGUUUCUGAAAAAAAAAAGUUUCCGACAUGACGACCACCACUUCGGGUGAAAAGUGUGUCGUUUGUACGGCGCCGGUCAGCGAGAAUAAUCGCGGCGCAGGGGAGGACACGAUUGGGGACGAGAUUAACUUAUUUUUCUUGACGGAUCUCCUCCCCCCACAAUUUUUGGUACAUUUGGGGGCUCGAAAGGGGGAUAUUGCAAGACAAAAAGAGGCCGGGGGGUUGACCAAGUUGCUGGAAAGUUUGGUGAAAAGCCAAGCCUCGCCAUCGACCUGGGUCUCAUUUUGCGACGACUGCGCCGCCCUGAUCGUCGCCGCGAGACAGCUUCGCCUCCAGAUUGACCUCUGUCAAGUACAAUUAGAUGGACACCGAAAACGGGUGUUGGCCCUCGUGGAAGGCACGUGGGAAGAGAGCAGCACUGCGGCCACCGAUGCCGCCCCCGACGCCGCGGCCGAGGGCGAUCCUCCAAUAUUCGACCGUGUCCGCGCCGCCGUCAUCCGUUCGACAAAGGCCAGCGACGAGAAAAGUACAAGAAAUGAUGAUGACGAAGGUCCAGGCCACAUCAAAGCCGAAGCCGAAUCUGACGCAGAAAUAAGUUUCGAUGACGAUUUAGACCUUGAAGAUCCCCCACCGUCGCAACGGCCAAAAAAAAGAGGCCGGAAACCCAAAGCAGAACGGGCGCCACGUGCCAAGCGCGUGUCCUCCUCGACGACGACGCCGUCAUCCUCCACGCCGAAGAAGAGAUGUGUCAGAAAACCGAUAAAAUCCCUGCUGGACAACGUUUCCGGGGAACAACAAACCGAGGCGGACGCGGAUGCCGAGUUGGCGGACGAACUUCUGGACGAAAUCGGGGGUGACGAUGAGGGUGACGAGGGUGGUGGCGAGAAGAAGACGGAGGAGGUCACCAUGAUCCGGACCCAUUCGGGGAGACGGGUGACGAAACCGGACUACAAAAAGUUGCUGGGGGAGGACAGCGAGGAAGAAGAAGAGGGGGAACCCUUCCUCACCGUGAAGGAUGAGAGGGAACUCCUCGAAGUGGAAUAUUCCGAGUCUGAAGAGUCCGAAGACUUCGUAACGGAAGCUGACCAACUCUCCGACAUUGAAGAAAGCAGCGCCACGUCCGACACGGAGGACGAAGAUGACGACGCGUCCAACGAUGACGAAGGCGCUACGAAAGAUGACGACGACGAUCUCCCGCUCUCCGCGAGAUUAAAGAAGCGCCGAAAAUCCGCGCCCGUCGCGGUCCGAAUUUCCUGUUCGCAUCCCACGUGUCGCAGAACGUUCAAAACGGAGCAACAAAGAGAUACACAUUUCGAAAAAAGUCAUGGACCUGGAUCUGAAGAGAAGGAAAAGGCACAAAAAAGUGGCAAAAAGCGUUACCCUUGCGAACACUGCGAUGAACUCUUUAUCCGCAAAAAAAUCCUCGUGGCGCAUUUAUUCUCCAAGCAUGGAAUCGCUCCAAGAAAAAGAGGCACUUACGCCGAAAAACGCCACGUCUGCCCCCUUUGUUCCCAAAAAUACCGGAACCCCGCCGAACUCGCCCUCCACCACCGCCGCACCCACACCGGCGAAACCCCCUUCGCCUGCCCCCACUGCACCUCCGCCUUCAUCACGACCGUCUCUCGGGAACGCCACAUCGAAAAGAUGCACUGGACCGAACCCCCCUUAAAGUGCACCUACUGCCCGAAAGCCUUCUUCCGCCACCACCGCCUCACCGCCCACAUCGGGACGCACACCAAGCAGAAAAACUACGUGUGCGAAAUCUGCGCCCAAGCAUUUUCGCAACCCACCUUCCUCAAAUACCAUCAAACGACGCAUCCCGAACUUAACCUUGAAGCUUAUCGCUGCACCGCCUGCGACAAAAUCUUUUCCAACCCGACCAAUCUGAAAAACCAUAACAAAACCGUGCACCUAAAACAAUUUCGCAUUUCCUGUGAGGUUUGCGGCCUCGGUUUCAUACAAGAAAGCCACAAACGCAUCCAUAUGCGGGGGCACACGGGGGAAAAACCCUUUUCCUGUGAGUAUUGCCUGGCCCGAUUUCGGCUCCGGGAACAGUUGACGAUUCAUGUGAGGAGUCACACGGGAGAAAGGCCGUAUGUUUGUGGCACGUGUGGGAAGGAUUUUGUGGCGAAAAGGAAAUUGGCGAGGCAUGAGAAGAUUCAUAGUAAUGAAGGAGGAGCAGGUGGAGGAGGGCCCCCGGUCGUGAAAAAUUUGCCGUUUAGGUGCGAAUUUUGUGGGAAGGGGUGUGCCGAAUUGCCGCAUUUGGCGAGUCAUAAGCGGUACUGUAAGGUCAGGUUGGGCCAUCAGCAGCAGCAGCAGCAACAAGUGCAACAACAAGAAGUGCAACAGCAACAGCAGGUGCAACAACAAGUACAAGGACAGCAACCACCACAGCAGCAACAGCAGAUUCCUAUUCCCCCUGGGGGUUAUGUUGGGGGAGGAGGGGGAGGAGGGAAUUUGGGACAGAUGGGACAUUUAGGAGCGGCGAUUGGACACGUGUUGGGGGCAAAUAUGAUGUAGUUGGGGGAGAAGAAGGGGGAUUAAUUUGAAGCGUUUUUUUUAUCAGGAAAUAUUUUAUUGCGAAAAUUUUGCGGAUUUUUGUGCAUUUAGUGAAAAAAUGGGACAUGUGUUGUGAGGAAAUAUGAUGUAAUUGAUGGCGAUGGGAAUAUAAUUUACGGCGUUUCUUAUGCACGUUUUAUUUUUUUGGAAAAGCUUUUUUGUGCAUUUCGUAAUUAAUUCUUAAGUUUCCACUUUUUUUAUAAAUAUAUAUCCUCAAUAGUUUUAUGAUUUUAAAGCAAUUAUUUUUUUGUUGGAAAGUUUUGGUUGCUGUUAAGCAAAUGUUUUGAGGUUUUUUGAACAUAUAUUAUGAGAUAACUAUGUAAAUAUGUAUGUCAGAGAUUUGUAACGCAGUUUGCUAAAUAUUUAGGACGAUGUUUUGUAUGUAUUCGUAAAAAAAACUACGUGUUUCAUGUAUGCAUUUACCCACUUUAAACCCUUGAGGUCUGUAAACUUUUUAUAACAAUUUUUACGCUGUUUUUGGAAAUUUAGAAAAUCUAACAAAUGUUUUAAAAUAUUUUGUAUAAAUAGUCAGUUGAGAAAAGACUUUUUUGCAUGGUUUUUACAAGCAUAAAUAAUUUUAUCAAUUUGCAAUGCUAGUUUAAUUUUUGAAUCGUUUUAUGUACCCUGUUUUGGCCGAAUUAUGGCAAAAUUUUAGCAUACAUAGUUAAUGUUUGUAUGUCAUAGAUAAUAUGUAGAAGAGUUAUAUUUAAAUAUUUACAUAUUUAGUGGCAGCUCCAUUUACGCCACGUGUUAAAAAUGUGUGUAACUUGGAACAAGUGGUGAUCUGAAAAUUGUGCAUUUUUCGUUACAUACUUCAAUUUUUUCACUCUUGUUAAAAUUAAUCGUAUUUGUGUACACUAAAUAAAAUUGACAGGAGUAAAUAAAUUUUGUAGUUACAUAAAAUA